UGGGUUUUUGGUGGCAAUCCCCUAAUCCCUAAUUCACAGAUGGCGACGGCGAUGACGAUGACGAUGGCGUUCUCCCCAGCAACAAUGGCUUCCAAGACUCACAUGGUCUGCCUCACGCACCCACCCCUGCGUCAAUACCGACACAGAUACACACAACCCUCACUCUCUCUCACUCCUCUCCGCCGCAACUUCAAUCCCGUAAUUGUCGCCUCCACAUCCACGCAAAGCGACGCCGAGGGAGCACAGCACCUUCUGGAAGGUUCCACCCGCACCCUCACUACCGUCUUCGGGAUGGCCCUACUCGCCCUCAGAACCUUCUGCCAUCAGCUUCUUCCGAUGUCCAUGUCCAUGUCUUCGGUAGGGCCUCUGUUCUUCGCGUCGCUACGGGACAGGCCUAGCGGGUCGCUGAACACGCCGCUGACAGUGGUGGCGGCGGGGCUGGGGAAGUGGCUGGACAUAUACAGCGGAGUUCUGAUGGUUAGGGUUCUACUGAGUUGGUUCCCGAACAUCCCGUGGGAGAAGCAGCCACUGUCCGCCAUCAGAGACCUGUGCGACCCGUACCUGAACCUGUUCCGCAACAUCAUUCCCCCUGUUUUCGACACCCUCGACGUCAGCCCCCUCCUCGCCUUCGCCGUCUUGGGCACCCUUGGCUCCAUUCUCAACACCGCCGUCGCUUAGAUGAAGUCCCACUCGCUUGCUACAUAGAUACAGGGUUCAGGGCAAGCAUAACAAAGUGAAAAUCCUGAGCAAUUUUAGCUAUGAGCAUAUGUGAAGGGUUGGUUUGUUAUAGCUAUGCUAUGGCACUUGUUGCCUCUAUUUUCGUCCGUAAAAACUGAAUGUGUUAGAAUUAGUUUAGAAAUUAAGCAAUUACCCUUGUCACAAUUGCUUUGACCAUGUGAAUGGUAAUUGAAAAGAACCGAUGCGAUUGGACAACU